AUGUUCCACAUACCCCAUGGACAGGUAAUGAUAACAGGUGGUACAUUUACACAAUAUGGCUCGUCGAGCAAAGAACUUUACGAGAGGUUCAAACCGCACAUAGCAGCAAACGCUACUUUUGACUCCAACGAUCGCCUUGAUCCCCCAAGAUGCCAUCCCGGAACUCGGAAGGUUCUACUUGAAAACCUCAAACAGUGGGCGCUGAAUUCAAAGAAUUCUCACCCGGUUCUGUGGCUGUUUGGCCCUGCUGGCUCGGGAAAGACGGCAAUUGCACGUUCCUUGGCCAAGAUUCUGGCAGAAAUUCAAGUUCUGGGAGCAUCUUUUUUCUUCUUCAAAUCAGCAGAAACUCGCAACAACGAGAGAUUGUUCAUCUCCACUAUUUCAUACCAAUUGGCGGUCCGGAUCCCUGACAUGCAACAACAUGUCGAAGAUGCAAUCAAGGCUGACCCCAUGGUUUUCCAGUGGUCAAUGGAAACACAGUUUCAGCACUUGGUUCUCGACCCCAUCACCAAACUAUUUUGGAGAUCGAAUCCAUCGCCGAAGCUCAUUGUCAUUGAUGGGCUCGACGAGUGUGUGAAUCGUGACGCCCAGUGCGCCAUUCUAAAAAUUAUCUUAACCCACAUAUCAGCUCUCAAAGGCCAUCUAAAGUUUCUUAUCACAGAGGACGACAUCCGCCUAUUCAUAACUGACAUGUUCGCAGAGAUAAAGCAGACACAUCUCCUCAGAGGCUUGAUAGAAGCGGACUGGCCAUCUGCAGAUGCGAUCGAGAAGCUUGUGGAGAAGGCGUCUGUCAGCAAUUUCGUGUAUGCACGAACGACGAUGGACUUUAUCGCCACAGCAUAUGACAGGCCGCAAGACCGCCUCGAAAUCAUACUUGGGCUAACACCGACAGGACCGGAAUCCCCGUACAAGGAGCUGGACGAACUCUACCGAUACAUUCUCUCCGCUGUACGCACGCCAAUUGGUCUGGUCUUACGGACACUGGCCAUCGCCCUACUUGGAACAACGAACAAGCACUCCACAGUCCAUGGAUAUUAUGGCCUUUCCGAGCUCGUGCGAGACCCGAGCUUCCAGGAGAGGAUACUUUGUUACCGCCCUGGAACCAUUGACCUGCUCUUGCUCGACCUCCGGUCGCUUGUCAGCUUGCGCGACGAAUCUGCUAUAGUCCCCAAGAUUAAUUUUAUGCACACCUCGUUCUCGGAAUUUCUUCUUGACCGCUCGAGGUCAAAGCAGCAUUGGGUUGAUGUGAAUCAGGUGUACCGCGAUGUCGAGUUGGGGUGUUUGCGGAGCCUUCGUGAACCCAAAGAGUCGGCAGUGCAGGACUGGCCAAAUCACUUCUGGGAGUACGGGAUCAUCCGUUAUUUCGGACCUCUUUUAUGGGCAUGCGACUACGGAAUAAAUAAUAGCGAACUGAGGCAAGCUGUCGAGGCGUACAACAUACUGCCUGUCCUUGAAAAAGUCGCCGCAUGCCCUCCAAACCACUCGGACGCGGGUCGCCGUGUGUGUCCAGUCGUAGACCAUUUUUAUACCCGUCUGAAAAAAUGCCAGCAAUUUAUGCAUUCACGAGUAUUUGAAUACCGUGUCGCCGAAUUCAACUCGUGGCUCAAGCGACACCUCGACGCCCUCGCCCCAGAAGACCCAGUAUUUGAUGCCCUCACGCUGAUCACUACGGCCGAGCUUAAAUGGCAAGGAGAUCCCUUCCGCCUUAUCCGUCCCUACACUACUUACGACCUCAUCGAGCACCUAAUCCACCAGCCCAACAAGACCCUGCCGUGUCUAUCUGCAAUCCCAAGGAGCACUGCGAGUACCCCAGUCAAUCACAUCGCGCUGUUCAUGCUCGAAGAAGAAUCGCCUAACGUAUUGGCAGAGCUAACCUUGGGAUUCCUGGGGAACAAGGGCAUGUCUGGAAGACAUCACGUCGAUCGGGAGAAGCUCGCCAAGCUGGCCGUUCGCCACCUUUCGUGGAUUUGUGCGGCAUCGACGACAACGGCGACGGGGCUGGGGACGAGCGGGUGUGAUGAACCCUUGCCUAUCGAAUACGAGUGCUUCAUCUAUUCUGUGAUCGAGAUUUUGGACCGCAUACUGCCGCCUUGUCUGUGGAAAUCGCAGAAAUGGUCCGAGAGAGCCGGGACGACAUGGACCCCCGACGCGUCUUCGCUACUGUCGGAGAGCCCGCAUGCAGUGAAGCUUAGCGCGCUUACUUCGUUCGUGGAAAACCACCGUUUGCGGCCGAUUGUUUGGUAUAGCGCGGCCCGCUUUGCGUAUUCGACGCUGGAGGUGAUGCUGGCUCAGUGUUCGCGGGCACGGUAUGAGGAAUUUAUGGCGAGUCCGAAUCGUGUAGAUAGGCAGCUUUUAGCAGCGGAACACCAAGACCUGUUCUCCAUCAACAAGAAGCUCAAUCAGCACCUGCAAACGGGCCAAACGGGCUUUCCGCGGCUCGUUCAUUUCUCUCCAAGUUUGUUCAUCGUCCUGAAAUCCAACGCCGCCGUUGGCGCUCUAUCCGACCCGUUGACACCGAUUACACCACCAACACCAGCCAGCCGCGAUGGGCGCUUGGAGGCAGAGAAACAGCUAAAGGAGCAAAAGGCAAAGCUCGCAGCACAGGUCAAGGUAUUACUCCUGGGCUCAGGAGACUCGGGGAAGUCGACAAUUCUGAAGCAAAUGCGCUUGAUACACCGAAUACCAUUCUCGCCGUCCGAAAUCGAGCACUACCGCCAGCUAGUGUUCGACAACCUGACACGCGGCUUACGAUACCUUCUGGACGCCAUGGAGGACAUGGAGCUCAAAGUGUCAGAGGAGAACCUCGCGCAUGUUGAGCUGAUUGACGGCGUGCGGGACAUCCGAGAUGGCGAGCCAUUCCCCAUGAACUACUACGAGCCCCUCAAGUCUCUAUGGAAAGAUCCUAACGUGCAGAAGGCCUGGGAGCGGGGGAAUGAGGCGGCUUUACCUGAAAACCUAUCAUACUUCUAUUCCGACCUCGACCGCCUGUUCGAUCCACAUUAUCAGCCAACAGAGCAGGACAUCAUUCGAUGUAGGGCUCGUACGAUUGGAAUCACUGAAACGACGUUUACGCUCCGCGAACACGAGAUGCUGAUGGUGGAUGUAGGAGGCCAGAAGAGCGAGCGGCGGAAGUGGAUACACUGUUUCCAGGAUGUGACGAGUAUUCUCUUCCUGGUCAGCUUAAGUGGAUACGACCAAUGUCUAGUGGAGGACAAGGAUGCUAAUCAAAUGCAAGAUGCUAUGACGAUCUGGGAUUCAAUAUGUCAUUCGCAAUGGUUUAAGCAAACGUCAAUUAUUCUCUUCCUAAACAAAAACGAUCUCUUCGAGAAGAAGAUCCCGACAUCCGACAUCAAGAGUUUCUUCCCAGAUUUCGACGGUGAACCGGGUGACAUCAAGGCGGGCCGAGAUUACUUCAAGCGCCGGUUUGCAAGGCUAGCGCAAAAGGCUGGCAGAUCGAAGGAGCGGGAGAUUUACAUCCAGUAA